CUCCGCCCACAGCGGGAGGCUAGGCGCUCAAGGUCAAGUUCGCUCUGGGCUCCGCCCCCAGCCUGGGUCAAGGCUAGUUAGUCUUGGGGAGAUCUGCCGGGUGACCUGGUCCCCACCCUGGUCGAGCAGCAGAUCCGCGGUCCCCGUUGACCCCGAGCGGAGCCCCGCGACGCGCAGGUAAGCACAGCCAGCGGCCUUGGCUGCCUGCUUCUGCCCGCGUGGGUGCCCAGGAAGCCUUGAGUCCCCGCGAACCUGCCAGGCCCACGUGACUCGGCGGCGGCGACUCCUGGGCGGGCGCGCGCGCGCUCGCGGGCGUCAGAUGGCUGCGGAGCGCAGAACCGCGCUAGCCCCACGGUCAGGUUUCUGACGGAUAGGAUCGGGCUGUCACGGGUUCGGAUCCCUCCUGCAGCACGUAUAUACUCAGUUAAAACAGGGUGGCCACUGCGGGUGUGGAUGUGUGUGACGACAUGAAGAAUCGAAUUCCUGUGGUGCUUCUGGCCUGUGGUUCCUUCAACCCCAUCACGAAUAUGCACCUGCGCUUGUUUGAGGUGGCCAGAGACCACCUACACCAAACAGGAAUGUACCAGGUGAUCGAGGGCAUCAUCUCACCCGUCAACGACAGCUAUGGGAAGAAAGACCUGGUGGCUUCCCAUCACCGAGUGGCCAUGGCGCGGCUGGCCCUGCAGACAUCUGACUGGAUUCGGGUGGACCCCUGGGAGAGUGAGCAGGCACAGUGGAUGGAGACAGUGAAGGUGCUGAGGCACCAUCACAGGGAGCUGCUCAGAUCCUCCACCCAGAUGGAUGGCCCAGACCCCAGCAAAACACCAUCAGCCUCUGCAGCACCGCCGGAGCUGAAACUCCUCUGCGGAGCUGAUGUCCUCAAGACCUUCCAGACCCCCAACCUCUGGAAAGACGCGCACAUCCAGGAGAUAGUGGAGAAGUUUGGCUUGGUGUGUGUGAGCCGGAGUGGUCACGACCCGAAAAGGUACAUCUUGGACUCGCCCAUCCUCCAACAGUUCCAGCACAACAUCCACCUGGCCAGGGAGCCGGUUCUGAAUGAGAUCAGUGCCACAUACGUCAGGAAAGCCUUGGGCCAAGGGCAGAGCGUGAAGUACCUCCUCCCCGAGGCUGUCAUCACCUACAUCAGGGACCAGGGCCUCUACCUCAGUGACAGUUCCUGGAAGGGGAAAGGAAAGACUGGCUAGAGGGAAGACUGGAAGACUGGCCUCCUGGGGAGUUGGGGUUAUUUCGCUCUGGGUUCUGUGUUUUCACAGUGGUUUCACCAUGGGUGGCUUCCUACCCCAAGAAGAGAUUGUGCCUGUGGCAGGAAUAGUCAUGUGUCUGAGCAACUUAAGAGGCAUGACAGGUCAUAGGAUUGGGUGAAACUUCUCAGGGUCACAGAGAAGGAGGCCUGCUUACUGUGUAAAUGGCAGUCAUAGGAUGAACACUGAUGCUCUUCUGUACAUGGCCGGCCCCUGAGCGGUCCAUCACAGUCGCCCUCAUUCCGGUUUUUGCCUUUUUUUUUUUCUUCCUCAGGCCAGUGCAGCAUGCCGGUCUUGAUAGGCAGGAUUUGACAGGGUGCUAAUUACUAAACAGAAGGCCUUUUCAACAUCCUUGUUUCAAACAGAAUAAUAGCAAGUGAGGAUUCAGAAAUCUGGAAACAGCACAUCAUUGAUUUCCAGUGUAUCCUCCCUUGCCUGCCUGCCCAUGAUGUAACAUAAAAUUUUUUGACCAUCCUCUUUCUAUGUUGUGGUCAAGCGAUAUGUGUUUAAGAUCUAGUUUAUUAUAUGUGCGUAUGUGUGCAUGUGGGUGUGCAUGUAUUAUGUAUUGUGUAUUAUGUACAUGCACAUGGGAGGGACAUCAGAGUGCCUGAAGCCCAAAUUGUGAGCCCCCUAAUGUGGGUGCUGGGACCCAAAUUCCAGUCUUACAAAGAGCAGCAAAUGCUCUUAACCACUGAGCCAUCUCUCCAGCCCCCUCAAGCAAUAUUUUUGAUACGGCAUGUAUUUUUACACUGCUAUACUCUAAACACCAGGGUUCCCAAUAUCCUGAUUUCUAAAAAAGGACCUGAAGUAAAACAGAUGCCUGGCUGUUUUAGAAGAUCUUUUGAAUGUUUUAUGACUGCCUGCUUGUUUGAAUAUUGGCAAAAGGAUAAAUAAUAAAUUGACAUCAAAAAAUACUAA